GCACGUCCGGCAGGCCAGCGAGUACACAGGUAGCGUCCGCGCGCCUAGUACUGCGCACGCGUGCCCCGUACUCGGCAGUCAAGCGUCGCGAUGCCACAGUUAUGCGUGUAAUCGUGCACAGUGCACGUCAACACACUAGGCAACGCAUGACCGUGUCCAUUCGCGUACACAGCGACGCGACGCACGCCAGCAGCGUGUCCCGCGUCGCACGUAUGCACGCCAACAGCGUACCACGCAUACUGGCCAGUUACCCCGCACGCCAGCACGCCCAGCAGCGUGCCAGCGAUGCACAGCAGGCCUCAGCGUCGCCCGGCAGCACGUCCGAGUGCCCAGUCAGCCCCGCACGCAUAGCUAGCGUGCCAGUCGCCUACCCACGGCGCCCAGCAGCGCCCAAUAGCCCAAGUACGCGCCAGUACCUGGUCGCUUUGUUCCGCGACUACCAUCCAGAAAAGUUUUCCGGCCAAGGAGAUCCUCGUGUAGUAGAUGAAUGGGUUCAGGGUCUCGAGAUUAUUUUCGAGGUCAUGAACAGCCCCGAUCGUUAUCGCAUGUUAUGUGCUCAGAUCCAGCUGACCGGUGAUGCCAGACUCUGGUGGCAGGCCUAUUGGAGUAUGCGUCCCGGUGACAAAGACGGUUGUACGUGGGACCAGUUCAAAGAGCUGAUCCGAGAAAAGUAUUAUCCCUCGUAUUACCAUGCAGACAUGGAGCGCCAGUUCUUGGCACUCACUCAGGGUACUCGUACUGUUGACGAGUACGAACGAGAGUUCACCCGUCUCGGAGCCUUUCUACCAGAUCUUGUAG